CGGAUCUGAACGGUUUGGCGGCUUGUUUGUGGUCAGUUCUGGAUUUAAGAGACUUUAUAUGAACUCUAUAUAAACUCACAGAAUUAUAGUUUUAUUUUAUUUAACAGACGAGAUGGUGGAGGGACCGGGCUGCACACUGACCGGAGAGAAAAUCCGCUCCAGAGUGAAAAAGGGACAAAAAGUGCUGCAAAUUAGAGGAAACGCAGUAAGUGUGUGUGUGUGUGGUGGUCAGGGAGACUUGUUCCAGUGUUUUGGGGGUGGUCAGUACACCGGAGUGCAGACACUCGGUAAAGAACUCUUCAUGUACUUCGGAGGUCGAGCGUUAAGGCUGCACUUUGGGAUGGACGGCUCCAUGCGUAUAAACACGGCGGAGAGAAAAGACAGCAGAGGAAGUCCUCCGACUCUCAUCAUCUCCCUCACUGAAGACACGCUGACCUUCUACAACACCACCGCUGAAAUCCGACUCUCAGAGGACUGCAGGGAGAAGGUGCGUCUCAUGGCGAGUCUGGACGUCUGUUCUCCGAGCUUCAGUGUGUGUGCUGCGGUGGAGGCGGUGUGUAGAGAGAGUGGACGCAGUGUGUGUGACGUCCUGCUGGAUCAGUCGGUUCUGCCCGGAGUCGGGAACAUCAUCAAGAACGAGGCGCUCUUUCUCACCGCUCUGAAUCCUGUGGUCAAGGUGAAUCAGCUUAAGCCUGAACUGCUCCAGCACCUGGUGAAGAUGACCAGAGAUUUCACACUGCUCUUUUAUCAGUGUCGGAAAAGUGGCUCGGCGCUCUAUAAGCACUGUAAAGUGUAUAAGCGCUCCAGCUGUGGUCAGUGCAGUGCUGCGGUCACCGUGUGUCGGUUAAGGAAUGACAACAGGAUGACGUACUUCUGCUCACGCUGCCAGACUGAAGAUCCCACUGAAAUCGACAUCAGUAAACUCCCCAGGCUGACCACUCUACCUAGACAGGCGAGUCAGAAAUCUGUGCAGGACGUCGACCAGGUCGCCACAAAAGAGGAAGAAGAGUGGUCAUGUGACCUCUGCACUCUGAUUAACCGACCAAUCAUCAAGUUCUGUGAAGCGUGCAUGAAUCCUCGACCGCAGGGUCAUACAGAAGCAGUGAAGGAUCCUCCCUUCUUUAGUGAACUUAUCCGCUUCCCUCACAACACUUUCUCCAAACCUCAGCAGGAAGUGAAGCUCAACUGCAGGGCUGCUUUCGGGAACACCACCCUCGUCCUGUCUGACCUCGGCGCCGGACCCGCUACACCUCCGAGUCACACCGCUGACCGCAGGACCGGCGUAGGGCUAGGGAGCGACUCCAGCACAGCUACGAUCAGGACACGGCCCACAGGACCUCACGGCUCCAAACGGGCCUCGUAUGGAUUUCCCAGCAUUCCGAGCAAGAGGAGGAAGACAGAGAGCGGAGAGCCGGGACGUCUGACCGGAGCCGAGCCGCAGGGUGAGAAGCAGCAGACUUCAGGCACUACAUCACAACCCACAAUCCCUUGCUGCACCACUCACCAUCGCCCCGCCGUCCUCAGGGUGGUCACUAAAGAGGGAGAGAAUAAAGGACGACAAUUCUACACCUGCCCCCUUCCCCGAGGAUCCCAGUGUCACUUCUUCCAGUGGGCGGAUCUUCACUUCCCCACGUGUCAUCAUGGUAAACGCUCCCUGAUGAGAAGUGUCCUGAAGCUGGGGCCGAAUAACGGCCGGCGGUUUUACGUUUGUUCGCUGAAACAGGGGAAGCAGUGCGAGUUCUUCCAGUGGGCGGAGCAAAACUCGUGA